AUGGCAGGCAGUUUCCCCCAAGCGGGCGGACACCCUUCAGCAACCACCGCAACCACGACCCUAAACUACGCCUAUCAAGCUAAACCCGCGUAUAUUCCCGCGGAUGUCGAAGCCAAAUUGAAGGACGUGAUCACGCAAGCCAAGGACAGCGGGCAGCUCUACAGUACAGACUGGGAGAACAUGCCCCUUCCUCAGGCUUUAAUAAAAGAGCAAAGGAACAUGGGGCUCAGGCCGCACACGGGUAUUGUAUCCCCAUCCGUGGCCGUCCCGGCUCUCUACCCUCUCAACUCAUCGUCAGCCUCGUCUUCUAAGAAGCGCAAGUCAACGGAUACGCUUGUAGACGAGAAUCGCUCUUCACCCACUCCCCAUGGCGGUCUACUAACCAGCCUUGAUGAGCCGCUUGCAAAAUCUAGUAAGUUCCAAAAACAACAAGAGAAGCGCCUCCGGCGCUUCGAGGGCGGUUACAAGUACCUCCGCCUCACGGCUCCGCCCGUCGCAUCGAAGGUGCGCCCUGAAGAUAUCCUGCGUCAAACCCUGGACCUUUUGAAGAAGAAAUGGAGGAAGGAAAGCAACUACUCGUAUAUCUGCGACCAGUUCAAGUCCAUGCGCCAGGACCUGACCGUACAGCGAAUCAAAAAUGAGUUCACCGUCUCGGUAUACGAAAUUCACGCCCGGAUAGCCUUGGAAAAGGGGGAUCUUGGUGAGUUUAAUCAGUGCCAAACCCAGCUGAGGUGGCUAUAUCAGCUUGGCCUGAAAGGAAAUCCCACCGAGUUCAAGGCAUAUCGUAUCUUGUAUUUCAUCCACACCGCGAAUCUUACCGGCCUCGUCGAGGCCAUUGCAGAUCUAACCCCAGCAGAGAAAAAGGAAGUACCCAUCAAGCAUGCCCUUGACGUUCGUUCUGCUCUUGUCUUGGGAAAUUACCACAAAUUUUUCCAGCUUUACCUAGACACUCCAAAUAUGGGAGCAUAUCUCAUGGAUAUGUUCGUAGUACGAGAACGUCUUGCUGCCUUGUGCAAUAUCUGCCGAUCAUAUAAGCCUGACGUGAAGCUAAGAUUCAUCACCGAAGAGUUGGGAUUCGAAUCCGAUGCAGAUGCUGCCCAGUUUAUUGUUGACAAUCACGGCCAGCACCUUCUCGAAGAGCGUGAUGACUCAAUCGUCUUCCUCUCCGGAAAGGCUGGAGCGCUCUUCGAAGGCUCGAAAGCCGCCGCUUUCAAAAGAGUAGACAUCAAGGGCCAGAUAUAG